CAAAAGAGCCAAAAAGCGCAUUUUGUCCUUCACCUCCAGUCAAGCAAAACAUUGCUGAAGGUUUCCCUGUAACGUGCAAGGGCUGGCUGGCUGGGAAUCCUCACUUUCUGGUACCAGCAGAAGAUUGUGUGUCACGCGGUUUCAUUGUCGAGGCAAUGAUAUCACGUUUUAGCGUGCGGUGCUCCUCUCAUCGACCGCCCUUAGAGUGGCAAUUCAGGUGCCGAAGUGCUUUGCGCGAGAACCAUCGACGUCCAUUGCCAAGGUCUGGCAAUCAUGUAACUCUGGCCCAGAGCUCGGAGGAGCUUUCACUCAUGCUGAGCGACAUUGAGCGAGAGUAUUACCGAGAGGUGAGAAAGGACCUUGCGGAGUAUCUGGACGUGGCAGCCCCUAGUGAUUUCUUCCAGCUCCUGAAUCUCGACUUGGGUGCAACACCAUUGGACGUCAAGGCCUCUUAUCGUGCACUGCAGCGCCUUGUACAUCCAGAUCUCAUUGGUGAUGCUGCUAAUGAGCUGGCUGUCAUCUUGAACAUUGCCUACUCCACCCUCAUGGACGACAACGCCCGAGACAUCUACCUCCAAGACGCUGAGCGGUUCAGGAAGGAAGGCCAUGCGUACGAUGGGCGGCCCGUGAGCAAGUGGAUGGGGCAGGAGCACGAGCACCGCGCUGUGUUUGUGGAUGAGACCACCUGCGUGGGAUGCCGCCACUGCACCUACUGCGCACCCAACACCUUUGGCAUGGAGGAGCACUAUGGGCGGGCGCGAGUGCACACGCAGUGGGGCGAUGAUGAGGAUGCUGUCAAAGAGGCUGUGGACAUGUGCCCCGUUGAUUGCAUCAGCUUUGUCAACAGGAAGCAACUGGUGCUGCUGGAGUUUGUCUUGAAGGCCUGCCCCCGCGAAGACACCGCCAUCAUGGCUCGCAGGCGCAGCGGGAACAUGGGAUCCAAGCCGUCCAAGCAGGACCCCUUCAGCAGGGCGGAGGUGUGGCUGAGGCAGCGCAAGGAUGCCAAGAUCGACGCGCAUGACUCCUCAGCCAGAUCCCUUCUGACGGAGGAGACAGCAGCUGCAAUGGCGCGUGCAUGGCUGGCUCUGCCGCAUCACAUCCGUGAGCAGGGCUGGCCCGGCUUUGUCGCUGAAAACAGCGACCAGCAGGGCCGGGAUUCUGAAGACAUCAGCAUAGAUCCAGCAACCUUCCUGCUGCAAGUCCCUGGCCGCAAUUGGAUACCUGCAUGGGCCAAGCUUCCUCCCAAGGCCUCGCCGACAUUUGACUUUGCUGAAGCCCUGCACAAGGCGUUCAUCUACCUGCGCAUUCAGCGUUCUGGCAACAUCACUGCCCCUGACCACCACAUUGCCUGGCGUUCGGACUCCUGCUUAGCAUGCAAGGGCCCUAUGGGAGAGGACUUGAGCGGAGGCUACUAUGAGGCUGGUGGCAGCUUCCUCAAAGUGGGACUGCCAGAAGCAUUUCCUGUGACCCAGCUGGCCUGGACCAUUGUGCGACACAGGACUGCCCUGUACAGAGUGGGAUUGCUUGAUGAGGCCCUCAGCGCUCUGAAAUGGGGGUCAGACUACCUGCUGAACUGCCACAAUGCGUCUGCCAACACAUUUGUUGCGCUCAUGGGCGAUAGUAAGGCAGACUUCAAGUAUUAUGGGCCUCCAGAGCUCUAUGAGCGCUAUGUAGGCUCUGUCAGGCCAGUCAGCUACACAGGACCAACAGCGCCGGCCAGUGAGGUCAGUGCAGAAGCAGCAGCAGCGCUCGCAGCUGCAUCGCUCGCAUUCAAUGCCACAGACCCUAUGUAUGCAGCCAACCUGGUGCAGCAUGCCUCUCAGCUGUUUGACCUGGCAUCUCUGUAUCCUGGCUCCUUCAUGACGUCCAAGGACCCUGCUGUCUGGCUGUUUAAGGCCACACAGGAUGGCACAUUCCUGACAGCGGCCAUGGCUCUGUUCAAUGAGUCCCAGACCGACGGCAACUCCGAGUGCUGUGGCUAUGGGACCUUCUCCUGGGACACAAAGAGCCCUGGUGUGGCCCUUCUGAUGGCAGAGAUCAUGCCCAAUGAGUUGCUGUAUUCGGAGGCCAUCCAAAAGUUCUGCAACUGGUACAUCCCGCCUCUGCGCUCUGUGCCUCACACAGCCAACGGCCUCGCGUUUCCUUACAAGGGGUGGGGAGCGCUGCGCUAUGCAAGCAACGCCGCUGCGAUGACAUUGUUUUAUGCAGAAAUGCUGAUGGCCCAGCCCUCCCCUUCAAAGAAUGUGACUGCAUACGCUGCCCAGCUCUUCAACUACGGGAAGUCGCAGAUAGACUUUGCAUUGGGCAGCACGGGGCAAAGCUACCUGGUUGGCUUUGGCAAGAACUCUCCCAAGAGCCCCUUCCAGAAGAAUGCUUGGAACUCCUGGCUCAACUACAAGCCAGGCACCGCAACAGAAGGUCAGAUCAGGAAUGACUUUCUUGCCUCACCACAGCCCAACAGGUACACAGAGCCCGCGAUCGACUACAGCAGCGGCCUCAUUUUGGCCCUGUCAGCACUUGUGAACUACCACACCGGCCUGGGGCCUUACAACGAAUGCGGCCUGGAUUUUGGCUACGCCUUCCCGGGCGCGCCUGCACCGCCAAACGCCCUCGUGGCCGCCUGCGGACUCAACUCUAUCGCUGCCGGCCACCGCACUGUCCUCAAUGUGUCAGCUGUGUUGCCUGUGGGGGGCUGA